UGAUCCACACAAUAAGCACACCACACGGUACAGAGGAUCGUCGUGUUCAAGAAAAAUGGAGUUCAAGCGAUGGUCGAGUUUGAAAGUGUUGAGUCAGCGACGCGCGCGAAGGAGGCGCUGCACGGCUGCGACAUAUACUCAGGAUGCUGUACACUCAAGAUCGAGUUUGCUAAGCCUGAGAGACUGAACGUGUUCAAAAAUGAUCAAGACAGUUGGGAUUACACAUUGUCCGAGGAUGUGCAGCCAGUGCAGCGCAGCGCGCCGCUACUGCAGUCGCCGCAGUACACCGGCGGCAGACCGCAGCCGUACAGUCUCUCCCCAGACAUGGACUACGGGAGCGGUGGGCCGCCGCCGCCCGGUAUGAUGAAAGAUAGACACGGUCCACCGCCGCCACAUCACCCGCGCGACGGGCGCGGCUACGGCCCUGAGGGUUAUGGCGGCGAGGGCUUCGUGCCUCCACCUCCGAUGCACCAUCCGUCCAUGCCGCCGCAGAACCAGGGCGGUCCUCCACAGCAAGGCGCGGUGAUGAUGGUGUACGGCCUAGACCCGCAGACAGCCAACGCUGAUAGACUGUUCAACCUGUGCUGUCUGUACGGGAAUGUCGUUAGAAUAAAGUUCUUGAAGACGAAAGAGGGCACCGCGAUGGUACAGAUGGGCGACGGCGUCUCCGUCGAGCGCUGCGUGCAGAACCUCAACAACGUCACCGUCGGCGAGUACACACUCACACUCGCUUUCUCGAAGCAGGCGUACCUGUCCGAGGUGAUGAACCCAUACCCGCUGCCUGACAAGAGCCCCUCGUUCAAAGACUACGUCGGCAACAAGAACAACCGCUUCCUGACACCAGCGUCCAUACACAAGAACAGAAUACAGCCCCCGUCGAAGGUGCUGCACUUCUUCAACACGCCGCCAGACGUGUCCGACGAGCAGCUGCUGCAGGUGUUCAAGGACUACGGCGUCACGCCGCCGCACACCAUCUCCAAGUUCCCGCUCAAGAGUGAGAGAUCAUCGUCGGGCCUGAUGGAAUUUCAGAACAUUUCGCAGUCGGUGAUGGCUAUUAUGGCGUGCAACCACGCCACCAUACAGCAUCCAGGUGCGAAAUUCCCGUUCGUGAUGAAGCUCUGCUUCUCAUCCUCGAGACAAAUCGGCCAGGGGAAGGGACAGCAGCAGAAACAGGAGCAAAACCAAAACACCAACCAGAACCAACGGCAAGGGCAAAAUAACGGCAUGGCCGAACACGAGUACUAGUAAGAAACGUUAAACUGUAUUCCUAGUGUAAUUGUGUAAAAAAA